AUAGCAACAAUAGAAUUCACAAUGUGUAUUUUCACAGUAUUACAGACUGUCAAGUCUCCAAUUCUGAUAGGCUAUCAGUGUUUACUAAUGUGUUGAAGGGUCAAGAUCCACUUUCAAAUCAUUAUAAAAUUAAAUUCUAGCCAUCAUGGGUACACUCUCGGAGGACCUGUACGCUUCACAACAGAUUAACGUGCCUCUAAAUCUGCCCUACAUACUGAAGCAAUACGCCAAGGCGGCCAUCAAAACUCAACCCAGAGACCUCUUGCAUUGGUCGUCAGCCUACUUCAGAGCCCUUGCUAACGGUGAUGUGCCCCCCGUCAAAGACAGGAUAGAGUAUCCUCUGAUCUCCACGCCAUCGGGACUUACUGCCGGGUUCCUCAGGAUUUUGAUCAAACAGUUUGGGAAGAGUGGAAUAAUAGAAGAGAAGGAGCUGAUAAAGAAAUGGAAGGGUGUGGGAUUAGAAAUCGAUGAGCUUCACAAUAUGCUGAGGCUGUGCGGUUUUAGAAAAACAGUUCGAUGGUUGAAUUUUGUCGCUGUGGCUGCAGGCUUUCUAAGUCCAAACCUGACACAAACCAUGAUCCUACUCUGCGAGUUGUUGACUGAUGAACCAGAGGGCGGCUCGGCCGCCAUUUUGUACCAGACGUUCAUGACGCUGUACAUCUACUUGGCACGCAUGGACUGUGGGCCUAUUUGCCACCUUAAAUCCAGUAUGGUUGAUGGAUUUUCCGACGAGGUUCCGAGCGACGAUGUGGCUGUCGGGAAAGCGGACGAACAAUCCGAGGAAAAGUCUAGUGAAAAUCUGUCUGACAUUGAAGUUGCCCUAGAACGUAAACCGACACUAGACAGUAAUGAUUCUGCCCAGGGUGUAAUGGUAUGGGAAGACGUCACCCACCCAGAUAUGGUAGUGCAGGAGUCAACAGCAGCUGAAGAGGAUGUUGUCACUGAAGCAGAUAUAGCUGAUAACAUUCCUGUCGAUGUUGUCGAUGAGCCGACAACUGUUGACAACGAGGAGGAGGAUAAAGCUGAUGACAAGGAGAGUGUCAAGUCUACAGAAUCUUAUGACAACACUGGCAUAACGUUAACUUUCCAUGACCCCGAGCAAGAUGUCAGGAUAGACGACUAUAUGGGACCUAUUGAACCUAAGUUGAAGAGGCGCUACGAAAAGAGACUGGAAGAAGAACAGAGAGAUGAAACAGAUAACAAAGCAGAAACGGAUGAAACUAAAGAUAAUGAGGGAGAAGAUGAUGGAGUAGAUCAUGAGGAAGAAGGAAAGGAACAGGGAGAAGAAAAUGAACAGAAAGGGGAAGAGAAGACAAAUGUUGGAGAGGAAGUGGUAGAGGUAGAUAAGGAGGAAGAAAAAGAUGGAGAUAGAAAAGUGGAGGGUGAAGUUGAGAAUGGAGAGAGAGUAGAUGAGACUGGAGAAGGAGUGGGGAAAUUGGAUGAAGUUGAAGGAAAUGAAGGAGAUGAUAAUGAUGUGGUUGAGGAGAAAGGAGAGGGGGUUAAGAGUGAGAAGGAUGGAGGAGGAGAGGGGGAUGUGGUGGAGAAGGAGAGUGAGAUAAAAGUGGAAGAGGAAAGUCAUGAGGAACAACAUGUAGAAGAAAGUGAUAAAGUGGAGGGAAAAACUAGUGCAGAGAUUAAAGACAGUGAUAAAAUAGAAGAGAGUGGGGGAGAGAGAGGUGAUAAAAUAGAAAAGAGUGGGGGAGAGAGAAGACAAAGGAAGAAGAGGAAGAAGGAGGCGGAAGAAGGGGAGGGGAAAGAAGAAGGAGAGGAGGAGGAGAGUGACCACGAAGAACAAUCCAGAUACGAGUACAGUUUGGAAUUAGAGGAAGAGGAGGAACACGAGAAAGUAGAAGAGGAGGAGAAGGGGGUUAAAGAGGAGACGGUGGCAGUGGAGAGUGGGGAGGAGGUGAAGGAGGAGGCCAAGGUAGAGGAGGAAGCGGGGAAGGAGGAGGAGGAAGAAGAAGAGGAGUUGAAGGAAGAACAGUCAGCUGAUUUGGAGAGUACAGAUUCGGCAGUUCCUCUCCAAGGCCAGAGAAAGUCUGAUAUCGAAGUCUACGGGUGUCUACAUCUACCCAAACAUCGGAAUCUAAGUUUCACAGACUCCAUUGUCUCAGAACCCGAUAACCAUUUUUGGGAGCAUGUCCCAGGCAUCGGGCCCUUGGUACCCGAAAAGCAGAUUUUGGGUUUGAAGGCGUAUUUUUUGUACUGGUCUGAGAAACAAAAUGGCUACGUUAUGCCGAGGAAUAUUAAGCAUCAUUUGUGUCCAACGAUGGAACCCCCCGUAAUAGAGCGAGAGAAGACGAGUUCUGUCAGUGACGCAGAGUGGGUCCAUGAUGUGCGUCAUGGUGAUAGUAUCAUCAAAGAUGAUAAAUAA